GCAGAGGCUGUAAUUCGGAUCCUUCAACACUGGGCUUUGAUCCUGAAAUUAUUUUCUUCAGCAGGAUUUUCUAGAUUGUACCUAAUGGGUAAGAGAGUCCUGCGUGUCAUUAAGAGUGAUGUUAAAAGGAGAAUUGGGUGGUAUUUCAAGAGAUUGGGGAAAUUGUUCUUCUGUGCUUAUUCAAGUCUAAAGAAUUAGAAGAUUAAAGAGUCUAAAAUUAAGACCUUCCAUUAUUGAAAUAUCCUCACAAAUUUCUGUAGCUUCACAUGUCCAUGAAUGAGUUUUGACUACUGUUUACCAUAGGAAGGAGAGUCAGUAUGUAGAGAAGUAGUUAAUUUUAACUAAUUCUAACAAAGACCCAGGUUCUGGAUUCUGAUCCCAGAGGUCAUUGAUUACAGCACUUUGGACCAACCUUUCUCUCUUAGCUCAGUGUUUCUCAGCUUCAGCAAUGUUAAUAUGUGUGGACUUUAACCCUCAGAAAUUCCCCAGCCAGUUUGAAAAUAAUUUCUAAGUGUCUUCCGGCUGGAUAAGAACAUGCUCAAAUUCAGUGUUUUUCCAGCUUGGCAGUUUCAAGAUUGUCAAACUAGCUGAGGAAUUCUGAGAGUUGAAGUUCACACAUCCUGAAGUUAGCAUUCAGCAACUCUCUUUAGGUUCCAGUCCAGAAACAUCUGCACUUUAUGGGAAAUAUAGUUGUUUUAACCAAUGAACUAAAGCAAAACAAACCAGAGCUGAAAAUAGUGGUUGGAUUUUGCCUUACUUUGGUAAAUCAUAGGUGAUAGUUUAUCCUUGUCAAACUAACAAUUAUGAGUAGCUUGGAUUUGAAAGAAGAUGCUUUUAGUUUCUUCCUCUGGAAUGGUCUUGCUGACUGGAAGAAGUUGUACUCUGUCUGAAGCUUACGUGAUGGCAGCUGGAACAGCCUUGGUUUAUGAUGGUGAAAUGAUCAACCAUAAGCUACUUUGGGAAGACCCAGACUGUAAUUUGGAAGUCCCUGAACGGCUUUCCUCCUGCUAUGGCUGCCUUCAGAACUAUAACCUGAUUGAAAGAUGCAUUUCUGUCUCUGCCAGAGAAGGAACUGAGAGUGAAAUCAUGCUGAUUCACAGUAUGGAUUAUGUGGAAAUUGUGAAGAGCACUGAGAAAAUGGAAAAAGAAGAGCUCCAAAAAGUCUCUGCUGAAUAUGAUGCUGUUUACUUUCAUCCAACAACAUAUCGUUGUGCCAAACUGGCUGUGGGAGCAACACUGCAACUGGUAGAUGCUGUGAUGUCGGGAAAGACCCGUAAUGGCUUGACUCUAAUAAGGCCACCAGGUCAUCAUAGUCAAAGAAGUGCAGCCAAUGGAUUUUGUAUCUUCAAUAAUGUUGCUAUUGCAGCAAAAUAUGCUCAAAGAAAAUACGGCUUGAAAAGGGUCCUCAUUGUUGACUGGGAUGUACAUCAUGGACAAGGAAUUCAAUAUGCAUUUGAUGAUGACCCAAGUGUUCUAUAUUUUUCCUGGCAUCGGUUCGAACACCAGAACUUUUGGCCUUGUCUCAGUGAGUCUAAUUAUGAUGCGGUUGGUCAGGGGAAGGGAAAAGGAUUCACCAUAAAUCUCCCUUGGAAUCAGAUUGGAAUGGGAAAUUCAGAUUAUUUGGCUGCAUUUCUUCAUGUCUUGCUCCCAAUAGCUUUUGAGUUUGAUCCAGAACUUGUUUUGAUUUCUGCUGGAUAUGACUCUGCAAUAGGCGAUCCAGAGGGGCAGAUGAAAGCAACUCCAGAAUGCUUUUCCCAUCUUACCCAUUUUCUAAUGAAUUUAGCUAAUGGAAAGUUGUGUGCAGUUUUAGAGGGUGGCUAUCAUUUACGGUCACUCUCUGAAUCAGUCUGCAUGACUCUAAAAGCUUUGCUUGGAGAUCCUUUACCUCCUUUGUCUGGUGAAAUGAUGCCUUGUUUAAGUGCAAGGGAAUCAAUUCAGAAUGUGAGAGCUGCGCAUAAGCCAUAUUGGAAGUGUUUGACAUAUGAAGAUGUAACUCCAGUGCAAGAUCUCAGUACUACAUCCUGUCAAGCAGAGAAAGCUGAGCUUACACAGAGCAACGUGGAACUCCUAAGUCCUCAAGAAGUUGGAAAGGGAGAUGUCAAUGAAGUCAUCAAAACAGAUAGGUUUUUGGAGACGCAUAUGAAAAGCAUUUUGUCUUUGAAACCUCCUAUUAAAACAGCAGCCGCUGUUGAUGAGAGUGGCACACAACUCCUCCCACCAACUGUUCAUAUUCCAAAGGGACUGGAUAUGGAAGAGUUCAAAACUACUAUCAGUGCAUUUCAUGUGAAAAAUAUGAAAGAAGCAGCUCUAAACUCACACUUGAAUAUGUUGGCUGUCCUUAACAAAAUCAUCAAAAAGGAGGUGAUCAAUGGGCUUGCAGUUUCAUCUACACCUUCACUUUCUUCUGCCAUUGCGGUAGCACAUUGUAGAAACUGGAAGAUAGAAAAAAUCCUGUGUGUAUUUGUUGGUGACAUGGAUAGGAAAAUUGAGUUGGAUGAUGACAAAGUCCUCUUGAUCAAUAUUUGUGCUAAACAUUCUGAACAAGUUAACACCAAACACAAUAUCUCUCUCAACUGGAAGGAAGAUCCUAAAACCAACAACUUCUUCUCUGCUACCUUUGGAUUUAUUCUUCCAGUUGCGUACAGCUACCAGCCUAAUUUAACCAUUGUAAUUGUUGGAGCAAACCAGAACCUUGGCAAAAAUAGAAUUUCCUUGCUUAUUAGCUUACUGCAAGGAUUAGCAGAAUCUCAGAUUCUCGCUGUAAUACAGGAUUCUGAAGAAAAAAUAAUGCAAGAUGUAGCCAACAUCUUAACAGGUCACUUUAUACCCAACUUUGAGAACUUUGCACCAGAUUUACAAGAGAAUGUGGAAGUGAUAAAAGAAUUAAGAGCGCAAUUUCAACAGGAAUGGAAAUUGCUUCAGUGUUCAGGUAACCAAUCAGAGAUGAAUGAAAACAAAAAGUAAAUCUUCAUUACAUUUAAAUAUCUUACUGUGGAGCUUUGAAUUACUUGAGGUUAGAGAUUCUCAAGAGGAAAAAGAUGCAUUUUUGCUACAAAAUCUGACUGUUGUUGUUUUUUUUGUUUUGUAUAGCAAAGAAUUUCAAAGAUGAAAAGUAAUCUUGAUUUCAACAAUCUCUUUUCUUCCACAAAAAAACAAAAGAUCAGAAUAAGGCAUGCUUUAUGAAUAAAAGGGCACAAAAUGUUUCUGAACUGACUUUUAUAUAAUUUUUAUAUUGAAAACUAUAUUCCAGCCUGUUAACUUCAGAAAUGCUGUUGGCUUUGCUAUAAAGACUUUUAAAAAUUUUAUACAGCAAAAAUAUAUAAAUAUUUUAUAUGUACUGUAUAAAUAUAUGAAUAUUGCAUUAAUAUUGUAUAAACGUACGAAUAGAAGGGAAACUCAUCAAAUUUGCAAAUGACAAUAAACUGGCAAGAAUAGACAACACUACAGAAAAUAGGUUCAAGAUCCAGAUAGAUCUAGACAGAUUUGAACACUGGGACCUAUCUAACAAAAUGAAAAAUAAUAAAAAUAACACAUUUUGUAUUUAGGCAAGAAAAAUCAAAUGUACAGGUAUAGAUUAGGUAAAACCUGACUCAACAGCAGUAACGUAGAGAGUUCUUGGAGUCCUAGUGGACAAUUAAUUAAAUAUGAGCCAGUAAUGGACAACAGAAGCCAAAAAAGCCAACGCAGUCCUGGUUGCAUUAAAAGGAUUAAAAUCAAGAUUGCAUGAGGUAUUAAUACCAUUUAUAAAGC